AUGACGAUACGGCUAUACCUAGAUACAAGAACGAAGGGAUCAGACUACUUGGAAUUCACUGACAUCUUACACAACUUGACAGCUUACAGCCUACAAUCUCAAAACACCGCCUCCCUGAUCCAUAGCCGUUGUGCCAGACCGCCUUGCCAACAAGAUAGCCAUCAUCACCGGCUCGUCUUCCGGAAUAGGCCGUGCCAUAGCCCUUUCUUUCGCCUCUCAUGGCGCAAAAGUCAUCUGCUCAGACUUGCGCGAAGAAGCACGCGUCCCCGGGCCCUCUGGCGAAGCCUCCACCACCGAAACGACCGUGCAGGCCAUCACAUCUGCUGGAGGCCACGCGAUAUUCGUAAAGUGCGACGCCACCGAUUCCGAGGAGAUAGAGGCCCUAGUAUCAAGAGCAGUUGCAGAGUACGGCUGGCUCGACAUGAUGGUGAACAACACCGGAAUCACAGUGGAGUUGGGGACACCGCACGGACCCCGACCGGUGUGGGAGUACGACGAAGAUGCCUUCGACAAAACCCUCCAAGUCAACGUCCGCGGCGUCUUCCUCGGCGCCAAAUACGUCGCCCGCGCUAUGAAAGACUAACAGCCGCACCCGAAUGGCGAUCGUGGGUGGAUUGUCAACCUCGCGAGCGUCUUUGGCCUCGGCGGCGGUCCCAACUCGAGCGGCUACAUUACGUCCAAGCACGCCGUCAUGGGGCUCACAAAGGCGGCGGCGUGGGAUUGUGCACCUCGCAGGAUCCAUGUUAA